AUGGCUGGCAGACCGAGACGUGCUUGCAGACGAUGCAACACCCAGAAAGUACGCUGCAAUGGACUACGUCCAGUAUGCGCCCGCUGCGAGCGAUUGGGAGUCUCCUGUGUAUACGAAGAUAGCCAGUGGCCGGUACUGCGAGAAGGUCAAGAGUUUGCGUCCGAAGCUCUGGUCUCAACGCCGAUGCCCACUGCCUCGUGGGUGCCACAAACAGACUUCUGUGGUAUACCAUUUGGUCUCGUCGGCGAACUUGUGAACAUUUACUUCUCUCACGUCUAUAAUGCCCGCUUACUCCUAGAUGAAGAAGCCUUCACUGAGGAGGUGAGGUUGAGGAUGGUAGAGCCUCAGAUACUGCUUAGCGUUUGUGCUUUCGCGUCCAAGUUCUACCGUGAUGAAUCUGGACAUCGAGUACUUCUCGAUGCAGGCCUUGGUCACGAAUGGGCGAACUCAUCCGCUUCCAUUGCUGCGGCUCAAUUGGGGACGCCACGCGAAGAAAACAUCGCCACAUUUCUCAAUCUUACCCUUUACUGGUACAGUGAAGGUGAAUGGCAGAGGAGCUUCAUAUACAAAUGGAAUGGCAUCCAGAUAGCAUACGUGCUUGGAAUUCCAGCCGGAGGUCCUAGUACAACAGCUCGCACUCGCCAAGCGGAACUCAGGCGCCGUCGACUGUGGGCGUGUGUAUGCAUGAUGAUGUUCGGGUCUAAAGCCGAUUUCAUUGUGGGCAACAUACCCAGCAUUCUAGAGAGAAUUCCUCUUCCAGGUGUCUAUGAGCACCAGGUUGCAAGAGCAUUGAGUGAACCCGAACCAUAUAAUGCAGACUCCCAUUUGUGCGCCAUAUAUGCUGCUCUGAUUCAUAUUCUGUCGCUCUGGAAUGAAGUGUACCAAUUCACAAAGAGUGCCGAUGUUAAACUCGACACCCUGCAAAGCCUUCAUUCUAAACUGGAGGACUGGAAAGUGAAAAUCUCGGAGCGAUCGGACCUCGCUGUUCUGUCCGUCGAGGAUGUCAACACACAGAAUGGUCCGCUCCUCACCCUUAUACAUAUCAUAUAUGAUCAGUGUCUCUGCGCCCUGCACUCUUCCAUAGUCCCGCUGUUCUCGUGGGGUAAGCCUGCAGGUGGCUUGGAUUAUGCUCGGCAGAUCUCAGCUCAAGUCGCAUAUGAGCAUGCAUAUUCAAUCUCCACCUGGUUGAGGACACUGCUCCAGUCGUCCCUGCCUAUGGGGCGAGUACCAAGCUUUGUUGGCUAUGCUGCGUAUUCCUCUUGUGCCAUUCAAGUUCCCUUCUUGUGGUGCACCAAUACUGAAGUCAGAGCAUGUGCACGAGCAAACGUGAUUGAAAACCUGCGAUGUAUACAAGAGAUGGGAAGAUAUUGGAAGUUCAUCUCCCUUCUGGGAAUUAACAUCCAGAAACUUUACAUGAUGCACGAGGUAGCACAGACUCGCUUGGAACAUGAACCGAAAUACCUGAGCCAAGAGAGACUUUUGCAGUCGCCAAAGGAGAAUGAACGGGCACUAGCAUCCAUCCUCAGUCACAAUGAAAUCGUGUGGAAGAAGAGUGGCGGAAUGGCCCAGCGAGAUGCACAAAUAACGGACUUGGAUGAUAGUUUGGUUGAAGGCGAUAUACGCCCACCCAGAAAAGAGAAUAUAUCCUCAUUCAUUGACAAGUUAUCGCAGAGUGACCUGGUAUCAGAUCAGAACACUGUAGCAUUCCCCUGUGAUUUCGAUCCAGAAUUUGGGGAGAGAGCUCCAGUAUCACCAGGAAGUCUCUACUUGAUCAGUGACGAGCAACUCACAUCUUUUGAUAACUGGGUGGCCGAGCUAGGAACAGAGGUCGACAACCAGAAUUAA